AUGGAAGCUAGUGCCGCCGUUCAGCCCCCCACCCGCCCCUUCUCCUCCUGCGACUGCUUCAAAGGGACUCUCCGCUCCCCUGACGGCCUCAACUGCACGGCAAUCGAGAAACCCUCCCCUUCACCUCCUCCCCCCCGGCCACCCCCUCCCCCCACGCUCCCCUCACCGCCUCCCCAUUCGCCUCCUCCCUCCCCUCCUCCCGCCACUGUUCCCCUUCCGAGUCCUCCCCCACCCACUCCUUCCCCUCCCCCGCCCUCCCCUCCCCCACCAACGCCGCCUUCUGACUCGGGGGAUGUUGAAACAGCAUCUGCCCCAACCCCUGCGCCUGUUUCUCCCCCUGAUAGCCCCCCUCCCCCUAGCCCCCCUCCCCCGUCCCCUCCCCCUUCCCCUCCCCCACCCUCCCCUCCUUUGGAGAGUCCCCCUCCCCCUUCCCCUCCUCCCCCCUCCCCUCCUCCCCCCUCCCCUCCUCCCCCCUCCCCUCCUGUGGACAGCCCACCUCCCCCUUCUCCCCCUCCUUCUCCCCCUCCUUCUCCCUCUCUAGAAUCCCCCCCACCGCCCUCCCCACCCCCCCCAUCUCCUCCCCCUCCCUCGCCACCACCAUCGCCCCCUCCCCCUUCCCCUCCUCCGCCCUCUCCCCCUCCUCCCUCCCCUCCUCCGCCCUCUCCCCCUCCCCCCACCCCCCCUCCGCCUUCCCCAAGCCUUAGGGAGGACUUGGAUUCCACAACCAAUGGGGAUUUGCCAGCUCCCUCCUCCCUCUCCUCCCCCCAAGCCUCCUCCCUCCCCUCCUCCCUCCCCUCCACCCCCCUCUCCUCCCCCUCCUCGCCCACCCCCACCGUCUCCCCCUCCCCCGUCCCCGCCGCCCCCCUCACCACCACCGCCUGCCACCCCUCCUCCUUCGCCCACCUUUUCCGGAGCUAA